ACCAUAUAAUGAAGGGAACAGAAGAGUCGGAAUCCUAUGUAGAGCCUGAAAUUAAGAGGAAAUUACAGCAGAAACGGCAUUGUAGUACUUAUCAGCUAUCUCCACUGUCCCCUGCCUCAAAGAAGUGUUUGACCCAUUUAGAGGUAUCUGAACAGCGUGAAUAUUGCCCAAAAUGUGGAAAAGAAAAAGAAAAUCAGACCAAAUGCCAAAGUUGUGGUAUUGUUUUUCAUAAUGAUUUGCAAAGAAAUUGCAGACAAGCUAUAACUUUGCAUGAAUCCACUGGACCAUUACUAAGAACAUCAAUUCAUCAGAAUUCUGGAGGACAGAAGUCACAAACCACAGGAUUAACAGCUAAGAAGUUUUAUGGUAACAAUGUGGAAAAGAUUCCAGUUGAUAUUUUGGUGACUUGUGAUGCUAGUAGACAUAAUUACAUACAGACUAAUGGAAAAGUGAUUUUACCUGGGGGAAAAAUACCUAAAAUUACAAACCCGAAAGAACGAAAGACAAGCGUGUCAGAUCUAAAUGAUCCAAUAAUUUUGUCAAGUGAUGAUGACGACGAUGACAGGACUAACAGAAGAGAAAGCAUAUCCCCACAGCCUGCCGACUCGGCAUGUUCUUCCCCAGCACCAUCUACUGGAAAAGUGGAAGCUGCACUAAAUGCAAAUAUUUGCAGAGCAGAGCAGGAAUCUAGAAGCAAUCCAGCAGAAUCGGAGUUAAAUACAGUUGUCAUACCAAGAAAAGCAAGAAUGAAGGACCAGCUUGGCAAUCCCAUCAGCACACCUCUAAAACGUCGUAAAAUAAACACUCAUGGAAAUUUAAUUCACACUAUGUCACUGCCACACUGCCAAGACUUUGAAAGUGUCAUUUUAAACUGCCGAAGUAUACGAGUUGGAACACUCUUCCGACUAUUGGUAGAGCCUGUGAUUUUUUCUUUAGAGUCAAUCAAGAUACAUCUAGAUGGACCAGAAAGUGAUCCUGUAGAGAUUGUUUUAAAUACCUCUGAUCUAACUAAAUGUGAAUGGUGUAAUGUCCGGAAAUUACCAGUAGUGUUUCUCCAGGCAGUACCACCAAUUUAUCAAAAGCUGAGCAUGCAGCUGCAAAUGAAUAAAGAAGAGAAAGUUUGGAAUGAUUGUAAAGGAAUGAACAGGUUAACAAGUUUAGAAGAACAGUACAUUAUUUUAAUUUUUCAAACUGGCCUUGAUCCUCAGGCAAAUGUGGUCUUUGAAAGUAUCAUUACUGACAUUGGUAUAAAGAAUAAUGUUUCCAACUUUUUUGCGAAAAUUCCUUUUGAAGAAGCCAAUAGCAGACUUGUUGCCUGUACAAGAAGCUAUGAAGAGAGCAUCAAAGGAAAUUGUGUGCAAAAAGAGAACAAAGUGAAAACUGUGUCCUUUGAAUCUAAGAUACAACUUAGAAGCAAAAAAGAAUUGCAGUUUUUUGAUGAUGAGGAAGAAGCUGGAGAGAGCCACACCAUCUUCAUUGGCCCUGUAGAAAAAUUGAUAGUGUAUCCACCACCUCCAGCUAAGGGAGGCAUCUCUGUUACCAAUGAGGACCUGCACUGUCUAAGUGAAGGAGAGUUUUUAAAUGAUGUUAUUAUCGACUUUUAUUUGAAGUACUUGGUGCUUGAAAAACUGAGGAAAGAAGAUGCUGAUCGAAUUCAUAUAUUCAGUUCUUUUUUCUAUAAACGCCUUAAUCAGAGAGAGAGGAGAAAUGCUGAGACAACUAACCUGUCAAUACAACAAAAACGACAUGGGAGAGUAAAAACAUGGACCCGACAUGUAGAUAUUUUUGAGAAGGAUUUUAUUUUUGUACCCCUUAAUGAAGCUGCACACUGGUUUUUGGCUGUUGUUUGUUUUCCUGGUUUGGAAAAACCAAAAUAUGAACCUAACCCUCAUUACCACGAAAAUGCAGUCAUACAAAAAAGUUCAACUGCACAGGACAGUUGUGUUUCUUCUGCCAGUGAAAUGGACAGUUGUUCACCAAACUCUUCUGCCAAGCCCGUGAUUAAGAAGAUGCUAAACAGAAAGCAUUGCUUGACUGUCACUGCGUCCAGUGCUGGACAGGAAGAAAGUGAGCCUUGUUAUCGGAGAAACACAUACAGUGUGAAAUGCAGUGUGAAAAAAAAAAAUCAUGCUAUAAGUGAAAACGAAGAAUCAAAUAACAGAGAAUCUGCAUGCCACGAAGUUACUGAUAGAACUAAAAGUGAGAAUGACCUACAGGAUGAAUGUUUAAAUUCUGUACAUCAUCCAGAUGCCUUAAGCAAAAUCAGACUAAACUACGGGGAUCAGUCAGCUGAAGGUGGCAAAAUGCUUGAAGAUGAACUCAUUGACUUCUCAGAGGAUCAGGAUGACCCGGAUGAUAGCAGCGAUGAUGGACUCCUUGCUGAUGAAAACUACACUUCAGAAAUAGGACAGUGGCAUUUAAAGCCUACUGUCUGUAAACAACCUUGUAUCCUACUUAUGGACUCACUCAGAGGCCCGUCUCGGUCAAAUGUUGUCAAAAUUCUAAGAGAGUAUUUAGAAGUAGAAUGGGAGGUUAAAAAAGGAAGCAAAAGAAGUUUUUCCAAAGAUGUUAUGAGAGGUUCCAACCCAAAAGUUCCACAACAGAACAACUUCAGCGACUGUGGCGUAUACAUACUGCAAUAUGUAGAGAGCUUUUUUGAGAACCCAAUACUAAAUUUUGAGCUACCUAUGAACUUGAUGAACUGGUUUCCUCCACCCAGAAUGAAAACAAAAAGAGAAGAGAUCCGAAACAUAAUUCUGCAGCUGCAGGAAGAGCAGAGUAAAGAGAAGAGGCUGCUGAAGGACACUUCUUCAGCAGAAGCAUCCUUAGGAGAUGGAGCAGAGCAGUAUGCCGGCAGUGUGUCAGAGUGACUAAGAGGCUGGGGCUUGUAGCUCCAGAAAUCACAUGGCGUUCACCAUGGGUUAUAGACAGUACAGAGCUGAAGUGCUCACUGCUCAGAGAUUUGGGGAAUUUUAAUGCUGUAAAAAUGUCACAUAAGUAAUUUCCAAAGGAGUAUGUAUUAAGUAAAAGUCUGUAAAUAUGUUAAUGAGGCCAAUUUUUCCAACAUUUAUAAUUAUUUUUUUCACUUUUAGGGAACCUUUGUUAUGUAUUUUCUGUUAAUAGUACUGAAACUGCAACUUCUAAACACAAAUAAAUAAACUAUUUAUAGGAGGAAAUGAUUAAUUUCAUAUUCUUUAGUGAACUUGUAUAAUUCCUCAGAGUGUGAUUUUAUUUCAUGGGAAUAUAUAUAAGUAUCUAUGUUUUUUUAAACCUCUGUUCUAAAAUACUCAAAAAUGUGAAAAUAUAAUUGUUAGAGACAUUUUAAACUAAAAAAAAUGAGUCUUUAUAUGCUUGCAUAGCAAGAAAAAUGAACAUCUUUUCAAUUCAUGCUUUCAUGUGUUGAGAGAACCCCCAACUGUAGUAAAUAUUACACUUUUACACAGAUACUUAACAACAUUAAGCAAUCAAAGCCAAUGCGCCUUGACUUCUACUCGUAAAGCAUAACUGCACUGGCGUACACUCUGCGACUCAGGUGAAAACUAUCCUGGCAAGUGCAGCUUGAAUAUCAAAUAUCCAAUAUUACCUUUGUAUUUUAUCUUACAGUAUGCUGCAACCUGUAUGAUAGAACUAGUUAAAGAAAUGUUUUUAAUCCCUGUAAACACAGGAAUUCAAAUAGGAAUUUAUUUUUUUGUAACUUCUA